AUGAGUUUCAAUAAUAAGGUCGUCAUAGUGACGGGGGCCAGUUCGGGCAUCGGCGCUGCGACUUCGCUGAUGUUCGCCAAGGAGGGCGCCGAUGUAGCUAUCGUGGCGCGAACCCAAGCCAAGCUCGCCGCCGUCGCCAAAAACAUACAGGCGCUCGGCAGGAGAGCCCUAGUCAUACAAGCUGAUCUCUCCAAGGAAGCUGACACCGCCACCAUUAUCUCUAAAACUAUCCAGCAUUUCGGUAAGCUUGAUGUGCUCGUAAACAACGCCGGGAUGGCUUCACAGGGAUGCUUGUUAGACGGGAAGGCGCUUCAAGCCUAUGAUGAAGUGAUGAAGACCAACGUGAGAGCUGUGGUUCAACUGACCAGCCUUGCAGCGCCUUAUCUUAUCCAGACUAAAGGAAAUGUGGUCAACAUAUCUAGUGUAGCAGGACUGAUACCCAGCAAGAUGACUACGCUCAUGUUUUAUGCCGUAUCGAAGGUGGCAUUAGGGCACUUCACGCGUUGCGCUGCUUUGGAGCUAGCACCUUCAGGCGUCAGGGUGAACUCUGUUAACCCUGGGCCGGUGGAGAACCAAUUUCUAACUAACAACAAGCUUAAUGUCUCCGAUGAAUUAAAGAGUAAUCUGUCAGACUAUACUGCGUUGGGUUAUAUAGCUAAAGACGACGAGAUCGGACGCGUUAUUUUAUUCUUGGCGAGUGACAAGGCAAGGAGCAUCACUGGUUCAACAUAUGUAAUUGAUAAUGGUUGUCUUUUAAAAUGAAUGAUUUAAUAGGGAACAUUUUGUUUAUGAACACUUUAUUAUAACCAAAUUGUAAUAAGUAAUUUAGGUUAAUAGAUCUUUAUUUUCUCAAAGAAGUUAUACAUUUCACUUUAGAGAAAUAUAACUAAAACAGAAAUAAAAUGUUUAUUAGAACAAUAAAU